UUUCUAAGGAACCAAACAAACAGCCAAACACAAUCCUCCCACAGCUUGUAUUCAACGCGUCCCUCCCCUCUACACAUCAUCAACAAGUUUCAUACUUUUUGCCACCGUUAAAUCCUCCAUGUCCACUCCCACCAUACCCACCUCUCUCUCUCCUCUAUUCUCCUAGCUUUCUCUCUCUUUCUUUCUCUAGGAUUGCUGUCUACUGUUUGACUAUGGGUGCGGGUUUCUCUUCUGUCUUCAAAUCGGAAAACCCAGUUACAGUCGGAUCAUUGCCAUCGAAACCCGGUCUCGGCGAUUUGCCGGAGAGCUGCGCGGCGAUGAUUCUGGGGUAUUUGGACCCGCCGGAGAUUUGCAAAUUGGCGAAGCUGAAUCGGGCUUUUCGCGGCGCUUCUUGGGCUGAUUUCAUUUGGGAAUCGAAAUUGCCGUCGAAUUAUCAAACUAUUGUGGGCAAAGUGUUCGGCGAUGGAUUGGAAAAUCUGGGUAAGAGAGAUGUUUAUACGAGGCUUUGUCAGCCCAACUCUUUCGAUGAUGGAACCAAGACGGUUUGGCUGGAUAAAAGUACAGGAUCAGUUUGCUUGUCGAUUUCUUCUAAGGGAUUAGCAAUUACCGGGAUUGAUGAUCGAAGAUAUUGGAAUCAUAUUCCAACUGAAGAAUCUAGAUUUUGCUCAGUUGCAUAUCUUCAGCAAAUAUGGUGGUUUGAAGUUGACGGGGAGGUUGAGUUUCCAUUUCCUGUUGGGACAUACAGCCUAUUCUUCAGGUUGCAGCUGGGACGGUCUUCUCAGAAAAGGUUUGGUCGCCGAGUUUGCAAUAUUGAGCAUGUCCACGGUUGGGACAUAAAACCCGUGAGGUUCCAACUAUGGACUUCAGAAGGUCAUUAUGCCUCGUCUCAGUGCUUUUUAACGGAACCUGGAAAAUGGAAUUACUACCAUGUUGGGGACUUUGUUGUGGAGAACCCGAAUGCAUCAACGAAGAUUAAACUCUCGAUGACCCAGAUCGAUUGCACCCACACCAAAGGCGGUCUCUGUUUAGACUCUGUACUUAUAUACCCUAGUGAAUUUAGAGAGAGGCUAAAGCAUUUUUAGUUUGCGCUGAAGCUUUUUAUCGGUAGGAAGCUCUGUAUCAUAGCGGGUAGAUGGUGUCGAAAAGAAAUCGAAAUUAGGUAGUGAAUGUGUGCUUUUGGAGUGUCCUGUGUAUUUAAGCAAAGAAGGGUGUAAAUUCAUUUUCUCUUUGUUUGAUUCGUUUAAUUAGUGACAGUGGAUUAAGAUUUUGUAAGUCUGUCUGUCCUCAUAGUGAAGGGUUUCUGCUUCGUUAUGGGAUUUUGAGAAAUUAAUCAUGGUAUUUACAGUUUGAGAAUUGAUUGGA